UCUCCCGCGCGCGUAGUCGUGGGCAGGAGCAAGGGGCUGCAGCGUUUCCCUGAGAGGCUGAGGGAGCGAGGAACCAUCGGGCCCACCUUCUUCUGCUCAGCGAUCGCCGGCUGCUCCUAGCGGGUCCUUCGCUCGCUCGUCGUGGGGGAGGAAGUUACGGGGACACCAGAGCCCUCUACCAUGCCCGGGGGCGUACCCUGGUCCGCCUACUUGAAAAUGCUCACCGCCAGCCUCCUAGCCAUGUGCGCCGGGGCCCAGGUGGUGCACUGGUACUACCGGCCUGACCUGACAAUACCUGAAAUUCCACCAAAGCCUGGAGAACUCAAAACGGAGCUUUUGGGACUGAAAGAGAGACACCAUAAACCUCAGGUUUCACAGCAGUAGAAACUUCAAAAUACAGCUGUGCCAAGAAUCCUGUGAAUAAUGUUUUAAAUAUGUAUUUUAAAAUGUAUUAAGUAAAACUACUUUUUAAAACACCUAAUCUAGGGGGCUGGAGAGAUGGCUCAGAAGUUAAGAGCACUGUCUGCUCUUCCAGAGGUCCUGAGUUCAAUUCCCAGCAACCACAUGGUGGCUCACAACCAUCUGUAAUGAUAUGUACCCUCUUCUGUCCCACAGGCAGAAUGCUGUAUACAUGAUAAAUAAAUCUUAAUAUUAUUU